AUGAUAGCCAGCAUUCUCCGAGCUGCCCCACCCCCAUCCUUGCCUCAGAACGGGACAACAAGGCUACCUGAUCUCCAAAGGAUCUCUAGCAGCCCGAGCUCAAGUGCGAGCCGAAAAUCCGACGACCUUCUCCUUGCCGAGGGCGCCUCGGACUCUUCUCCAGGCUCUUCUCAUCUAGACUCUCCCCUGGCUGGCUACAACGGACCGACCCCCAAAACGCUGGACGGAGUACGCGAAGCCUUCUUUAAAGUUCUCGCGACCGCGGCGAAGAACAAAGAAAUCGCCGGUAUUAUUACCGGGUACAACCAGAAUGACGGGUUCACCGGUUCAGCGACUACACGUGGCACAUUGAAGAUAUGGUUACUUUCUCAGGCAAAAUUCAACGGACUAAAGAUGCUGGAACUUUGGGCUCGUCUCGCCGGCUUCGAGAGUUUACAACAAAAUGGUGCCGCCUUUCGGAGAUACUUUCGGAGAUACCGCAACGGCGAUGCCGAUGUCCCUCCGGUUGACGAGCCCCGCGGCGCGGCUGUCAAGCGCCUCAGUGCAGCCGAAGUUGACGCUCGGGUCCCUGCAGUCCAGGUUAGACUUCUUCGCGGAGUUGUAAGUGAUGCACUGAAGCAAAUGGGAACGGAUCUCUCCAGCGCCAAAACGGAGAUAAAGGGCAUGAAGAAGGCCAUCUCGAAGUUCUCCGAGACUGACCACUUGGCGACGCACCUUCGCCGGUUGUCGGAGAGUGGAGAAGCGGGCUUUCCAAGCCCUUCCGGAACGGAGUCGAAAGACGAGGAUGGCUGUCCCCUUUCCCUUGUCGCUCAGUCGGUAAAUAAUGUUUUGAAGUCGAGCAAUCGCAAGAUUGACGAGCAGAUUGCUGCGACUGAGCGCGCUCAGUCUGUGGCUGAAAUGCUCCGUGAGGAACUCGAUGAGAAGCUGGUGCUUUACGACACAGUUAUCAAAGAGCUGGGCACAAGUCGCAGACUGGUCAAGGAAGCAAAAUCCGAAUGUAACAUGUUGCGCGAAAGCUUCGUCUCUCUUCAGGAAUUCAAGGAUCAACUGGACCCCCACAAGAUCGAGAUCAGUGAGGCGGAGAGGAAACUGGGUUUCUUGGAAGAAGAGCUGGACCGGUAUAUGUUCAAGGGGAAACUCUUUGACGAGCUGUGCCAAGAAAUCAAGAUGAUGCCGUUCCGGCUUGAGAAUGCGGACGUAGCACACGUGUAUUUCGAUGCGUUGAGGGAUUGGGUACGGGCAAAGGAGGCCGUCGCCGCGCAAAAAUGGGAGGGACUAGAUGGGGGCCGGGGUGUGAGUAGCAUGGAGGAGGUCCAUGAUUUUAUUAAAGGGAUGACGGAGUCUGCUCAGGGUGGCAACGAGAGCUUCGGCCCAUUCGAGUCGACGGAGACGUCGUUUAGCUGGUCUCCAUCCGUAGACGACAAUGGUUACGAGGGUGCUGGGGAGGAGGAGGAAGAGGACAUUACGCGGGUCGGCAUCUUUUAG